AAGAGACUGGGAGAGAGAAGCUGCUGUGUGUGGACUGUGGCUUGCAGCUGCAAUUGUGGAAGAAGAGCGAGAAAGCGUGCUCAUGUGAGAGAGACUUAGAGACUACCAGAGAGAGAGAGAGAAACCAAAAGAGGGUGAGAGAGAGACAGACAGAGAUAGAGAAGGCUGAAGUAAAUAAAGAAUGCAUGUCUACUUUAGGUGUACGAAUUCUGUGGAGGCAGCGUGAUACAAGGACUAUACAUUUCCUGUCUCCUUUCAGCCGGAUUUACUCCGAAAAGGGCAUCAAUGACCAUUGGACCAUAUACUUCUCCACAGUAUUGCAGGCACUAAAGGUGGACUUUUUUUAAGUGCAGUGACAAUGCAGGAGCAUCUCUCAGUCCAGCACAUGGGCACCAGGAGCACAAAGUUCUCCUAGUAGUGAGGUUUGUCCUGGGCCUCGUCCGGACUACCAUGACUGACCUCCUGGCCAACCUGAGUGUUCCAUGGGGCACACAGGCGAUUGUGUGCCCCAACCUGACAGCAGCAGCCCUGGUUGUGCCGGGGUCAGGCAAGUCUCUGGCCCCCUUCUGCACCUUCUGCUGCUGUGGCCUGCUGAACCGUACCCUGGCCGUGGUGUUUAUGGUCAGUCUGGCCUUCGCCAUAGUGGUGGGCAACGUGGUCACGCUCACCGUCUUCAUGCAGACAAGACAGGUCCGUACACCACAGGGAUACCUCAAAGUCUCUCUGGCCAUAGCGGACAUGAUGGUUGGAGUGCUGGUGGUUCCUUUCUCUGUCUACACUGAGAUCUCUCUGAUGGUGACCAGCUCCUCUCCUGUCUGGUACCAGGGGGGCACUGACCCCUCCAUGGGGGGCCUGGUGGGACCCUGGCAGCCCUGCAUGCUGAUUGGUCCAGUCUUCGCUGGCUGUACGUUUGUCUCCAUCAGUACUAUUUUCCUGAUGACGGUAGAGCGCUGUGUGGCCAUCUUAUGGCCCCUACAUAAGGACCACCUGGUGACACGGAGACGCACCCUGUUUCUCAUCCUCUUCUCCUGGGCAGGCAGUUACCUUCUGGCCCUAGCCCCCCUCAUCCUCAGCAACAACUUCACACUGGAGUACAGUGAGUGCAGCCGGAUGUGUAACUAUGUCCCCCUGUGGGAUGGAGUCACUCUGCCCUCUGACGCCAACAUCCUCCUACUGUUCCCAGUGUUUGACUUUACGCUGCUGGGCGGCACCCUGGUAUUCAACAUCCUGUCCUUCACCAGCAUCCGCCGCUACACACGCAAACGUAAGCUCAUGUCAGAGGGGAAUGUGGGGGUCGAGGGAGGGGGAGGCGGCUGCCAACAUAGACCCUCCUUCUCUGACAUCAAGGCCGCCAAGACGAUCAGCAUUCUGACGUUUGCCUUCACUGCUUCCUUCACCCCCAUCGCUGUGUUUGUGCUGGGCAACGUGGUGGGCUUCACCUGGUGCAACUUCUCCUUUGUAGCCUUCUGGAUCCUGACUGGGAACAGCUGCUGUAAUGUGAUAAUAUACAGCGUGAGAGACCAGCGCUUCAGGAAAGGAGUGACUCUGCUUUUUCAGAGGGAGCAUUCACCUACCCACGGGGAGAAAGGCGGAGCUACCCCCCCCACUCACCUUGUGACUACAACCCCACCUCCUUAAACUAUUUUGAAAAGACAACCAGUGCCCUUUUCUUUAACUUUACUAUGGAGAGAGGGGUUUCAUCAGCAUUUAACUUCAGGUUUAAAAAAAUACUUUUUUUCACUGUGUCUAAAUAAUGAAAGAUAACUGUAGCUACCCUAUGUGGGAUCUAGUAGUUGCCAGCAUCAUUUAAAUCAUAUGACUCAAGCCGUCUCAUUGGACUAGGUGAGAUAUCUGUGGGGGAUAUCUUAAUAACAUGCACUUUAUCAUAGAGAUGUAAGUAAUGCAUGGUUUUCAUUUGUUUUGUGACCGUCCAGAAACAUGUUAAUUUUGCACAAUUUUCUCUAUAAUUAGCUUUUAUUUUUGCUACAAUACCAUUAUAUUCAUGAGGAUGGCGUAAUCAAAUGUGAGUGAAUGAACUGUAAGAAUGUUUUGAAUCUAAAUGAAGAGAGAUGUUGAUGUUUUGUACAGUUAUGGGCCAUUCGACGGGUCUGUCAUCUGUACGACACAGUAAUGCAUAAUUAUGGUUAGGAAUGUCAUUCUCUUCAAGGUGAUGUAUCCUAAAUAGGUACAGAAAGGUUUACAUAUGCAAUAUCUUCUUUUGCAUAUUUGGAUAUUAUUCUACACACGGGCUAUUAGUUUAAUGAGCUCUGCCCCCAAACAAGACCAAAGUAAAUCUGAAUCAAUCAUAGAUGUCUUUGUUUCACAAGUUUAGACAUCAAAGUACAGUACAGCACAGUAGAGUACAGUACAGCACAGUAGAGUAGAAAUCAGUACAGUACAUUCUAGUGUACUCAACUGUAGUAUGCUCUGUGCUGAACUAUACUCUACUUUUCUUUACUGUACUGUGCUAUCCAAACUGAUUUGUGACUACUAUUUCAAGGCACAAGGCAAUGUUUCUUAAACAUUUACAUUUAAGUCAUUUAGCAGACGCUCUUAUCCAGAGCGACUUACAAAUUGGUGCAUACACCUUAUGACAUCCAGUGGAGCAGCCACUUACAAUAGUGCAUCUAAAUCUUUUUA